CUAAAUAUGUAGCUCUAAGCUAAAUAUUAAGUUUGAAAGCUAAAUGUUUAAUAAGAAGUAAAAUAUUUUUGCUCCACAGCUAAAUAUUUUGGACAAUAUAUUUAACUCUGGGCUAAAUGUUUAGCUCUAAAUAUUUAGAACUAAACUAAAUAUUUAGAGGUUGUGCAGUGGCUGUUGCUCUAGAUCCAGUGGUCAAUGUGUUAUUUUCCAUUUUGAGUAGAUUCAGCCCCGGGAGUCACUUAUAAACCUAGUUAAAUUUGUUGGUAAUAAAUGAUGGUGCAGGAGCAGAAACCUCCCAUAUCUGUGGAGAUAUUUUUCAGAUUGUGAGGAAACAUUCCUACUGCAGGUCAUGCUGACUGCCUCACCCUAACUGGCCUUCUACAGUUACCAGAUCAGAUCGCAUUGCAUUAAAAUUGGAUUAAAUUGGGAUAUAUUAAAUUGGAUUUGAUCCUGAACCUGACUGUUCUGGAUUGGGUUGAAUCGAUUGGAUCACAUAUAACUGGAUAAGAGAGGGAAGCUGCGUGAGAAACCUUCUGCUGUAAAGUGCUGCUUUGAUAAUAAAUUCAGGUUAAAUUACAUUAAGUUACGAGUCCAGAGAGCAACAGAGAGAGAGAGCGUGUUGAAGCUGCAGUAAUCCUGUGAUAUAAACCUGCUGAGCCUCUGCAUUCAGCCUCAGUGGGAGAUAAAACCAGGCUGAUAGCAGAUGGAGCGUCGGCAGGUCUGAGCAGCACCCAGCAGGAUGAAAGGUCCGCUCGCUCUCUGCUGCUUCCUCCUCCUCUCUCACACCCUGAGCCCAACGAAAGGUAAGAACGGCAUCUAAAUCUAUCCCACAGCAAAACACCUACUCAGUUCAGUUCCCUUCAUUUGUUUGUUUUUAGCAGGACAAAUUAAUCAUUUUUCAGGGAUAACAUAAAAAACAGCCUUUUAGCUAAUCUUGGCUUUUUUUACAGAAAUAUUCUUUAAAGCUAAGAAAUAACUUAAAUUUAAAUUUGUUGUGUUUUUCAAACUGCUUUAUCUUUGUUACUCCCACUUUCAUUAAAAACCUUCCCUGUGAUCCAGCUGGGGUUCGUUUUAUUUUUAAUCAUCAUCAUCAGAAAUUAUGAUCUCAUUAUUUUAAUUUAAUCAUGCUUGACUGCAUCUCAUUCCCUUUAAUGGGUUUAGUUCAUUAAGCACCAGCACAAAUGUACAAUUAAAGGGGCUUUUUUGCAUAUUUAGGAUGAAGUUUUGUAAAAAGAAAGAAAAAUAACAUUUUCAUUUCAAAUAAAUUACAAGUUUGUAUAUUUUUACACAUGAAAUCAGAAAGAUUUCUUGCAGGACACGCUGUGUGUACGAUAGGAAUGUACACAAAGCCAAAGGAGACAUUUAAACCAUUCCAAUCAGUUUGGAACCAGUGGAACCAGUGCUAGCUAAAAAAGCUAGUUCUGCUAAAGCUAAAGCGCUACACCAACAUGGUAUUUAAAAGAAGCUAAAUACUAUGUUAUAAUUAACUAAAAAGCUAGUUCUGCUAAUCCUAAAGCGCUACACUAACAUAAUAUUUAGCAGAAGCUAAUGCUAAAGUACUAAAGAGAUAACUUAAACUUAAUUCCCUAUUAGUAAUUUAGAAUUUAUUUGAAAACUGUUACCUUGGGCGUGCCAUGGUGGUGUAGUGGUUAGCGCGAUCCGUAUUUGGAGGCCUUGAGUCCGGCCGUCACGGGUUCGACUCCCGACCGAUGACAUUUGCGCAUGUCUCCCCCCCCUCUCCUUCCCCGUUUCCUGUCAGCCUGCUAUCAUGUAAGGGACACUAGAGCCCACAAAAGACCCCCUGGAGCGGUAAAUAGAAAAAUGUUACCUUGUGGAAGCGAAGUGCGCUAAAUGUUUUCUAAGUUAGCAAAAUGCUAAAGUGCUCAACAAAAAUGAGCUCCGUUAUUGGCGGAUUAGUGGAAGAGUUCAUACAAACAAACAUAAAAUAUUACUUUUGAGGACUGAUGCUAACCACCAGUGCCCCCUUACCCCUCCUGCACUUAUUGCUGACUCAGCAAUCAUUCUUUGUUAUUGACCAUUUGUAAACUACGUCACUGAUCACCUUGAGGCGCCAUGAUGGAUCUUCAGAAGUUACAUAGCUAGCUUAGAAACCGAGCCAAACCAUCUCCCUCUUCAUGUUUUAUGUUCUCAAGUCUCCGACUUUGUCUGACUUUAUGCUACAGGAACCUGUCCCAUCAUGUCAUAAACUACGUUUCCUGAUUUAAUCAGUUUUCUUUUGUAUAUGCUAGGCUACAUCUUAUGUAUCUUCCUAAUAAUGCAAUAUUUGAUUGCAUUUUAUUAAUCUUACUCACUUAUGAAGUAAGAACAUUAAUCUUCUUACCUUGUUAGAAGUGUAAAAUCCGUGAAUACACCAAAGGUUGACAGUCCUUGGGAUUAUCAAUCUGUCCUUGUUACAGGAAUAAAACAAUAAACUAUAAAACAACGAUAAAAGUUUGACUCGCGCCCAUCUUUAUUUUUGCAGCCAACCGCGCAUCACUAUGACUUUUUUUUUUUUUUUUACAGUGAAAUAAAUUAAAUAAAAGCGACAUUGUCUGUUUUUGACUAGACUUAACAGUGUAGUACCGUGGUUUGUUGCCCCCUAGCGGUAAGAACAGAUCCAGGAAUAGUUCAUGGUAGGCCAACUUAUUACAAACGGGACUUAUUAUGGUCUGCCUUUCAAAUUAAGACAAUUAUCAACGCUUUCAAACUCUAACCAAGAAUAUCAUGAACAGAGUUUGCUUUGAUGUCCGUCACGUUCACAGGCGCUUUUUAUGAAACACAUCUUUGAUUAAAUCUUUUACAGCGAAAAUUCAAAUCUGCUUCUGGGUAUUUCUUAGAUAAAGAUGUUAGUGUUUGAUUUAUUAUAAGUUAAUCUGGCUGACUUUAUGGUUGGGGUUUGUGUGGAGACAGCUUUGUGCCAUCAGAGCAGGACUGUUCUCUAGUGGGUUACCUAACUCUGUUUGGAGAUGUUCCUUUGGGGAUAAAAGAGUCCAUUGUCUGACUCUGAGCCAUAUUGCUUAUGGUAAUCUGUACUUUCAAGUGAUUAAAUGCUUGUGGCUGUUGAAAUCACAAAGUGCAUGGAUGUUAAUCCCCAAGCAGAAUCCACAGAUUUUCUGCCCAUGAUCUUGGACUCUAAUAAAACCCAGACACCCGUCUCCCUAGAGACACGAUCACUGUCCAGGAUCUCAUCGGGAAUCUUCUGGUUCUGAUCCAGUUGGCCUUACCGCUUCACUAAGUAAUGCCUUCUAAUGAGAUGUCCCGACCAUCUGAAGGAUCAGCAGCUCGACUCCAUGUUAGCUCCUUCAUCCACAGGAAGCUCCAUGUGGAGCCGCUGGUUCUCCUCACUGAAAGGAGACGUUAGACCAGUGGAGUCCAGAGUCGGUCCUGGAGGGACAGCAUUCUCUCCCUGGUGGAGUAACUACCUUCUCAGCAAGUCGAUGUUCUUCUUAGGCCUCUCAUGAGCCAUCAUUUGAUCCAGGAAGAGAACUAAAACAUGCAGCAUGCCGGCCCUCCAGGACCGACCUGGACUUCACUGCCGUAGAGGAAGUUCAUCCAUCUGAUCUGGAUCACUUUAUCUGGAGGAUUUCAUUACUGUCCCACUAGGAGUGGAUGGAUGGAUGGAUGUAUGUGUGUGUGGGUGUGGGUGGAUGGAUGGACGGAUGGAUGUAUGUAUGUGUGUGUGUGUGGGUGGAUGGAUGGAUGGACGGAUGGAUGGAAGGAUGGAUGGAUGUUGCUGCUGUCUGAUCACUGACGUCACAUGAGGAGACAACAUGGCCGCCCUGCAGAUCAAACCUCUUCUUCUUUCACCAUUUCCCAUCUUACAAGGAUUCUGUGUAUUAGACUAAUGUGAAGUAAUGCUAAGCAAAAUCUGAAAAGUGUGGCAGACAUUUUUAUUCACCAGUAGUGAUCUUUUGGGGGGUUUUGCCCAUUUUUCUACACAGAAGAGCUCCAGCUGAGUCAGAUUGAAUGGAAACCAUCUGUGAACAUCAAUUUUAAAAUUUUAAACAGAUUCUCACCUUUGACUUUGACUAGGCCAUUCUACAACAUGAAUGUAAACGUUUCCAGUGCAUUUCUGGCUGUAUGUUUAUGAUGGUUCUCCUGCUGAAAGCUGAGCCUCCAUCCCAGCUUUCUGCCUCUAACAGUUUUUAUUUCAGUUUUGUCCUGGAUUUAGCUCCAUCCUCAAACUCUCAAGCUGCACUUUCGAGAUUCCAGAUGUGUAAUUUUCUGUAUAAAAUCCCAUUAAAAUACGGUGAAGUUUGUAGCUGAAGCUCAUGUCUCCCUGUUUAAAUCAGUCGUAUCAGUUUCUAAUGUUUCAUUUCCAGAUUCCCAAACGGUUUUUAUGGGUAAAUAAUUUUUUCCAGGUUGCUGGGAACUCUUUGACCCCGUUUGGAAAUGUUUUAAUCUUUCUUCCACAUUGUUUGUGUGUCUGGAGAGGCCAGAGAUGGGCAAUGCCCGGCUCUUUGGAUCAAAAGCUCUAUGAGGAUUAAGAGGAAAAACAUGGGAGGAAAAUAAUCUGCAGCCGCGGUGACAUCAUGGUUCAGCGGCCGGUGCAGUGGAGGUUACCUGAUCGUUUCCAUGGAUCCCCUCCAACCUGUCGUCAUCGGCGACACGAUCACGUUAAAGUGCAACUUCCAGACGGACGGCACCCUGAGAGAGAUCGCGUGGUUUCAGGUAAUUGAAGGAGGCAAUGCCAAGCAAAAGAUUUUCACCUACGAUUCUGUUUACAACACGAGUUUCUCCAACAUGGAGGACACAAACAAACGAGAGGAACUGGUUUACCACUCAACAGUUCGCCUCCCUGAGGUGCAGCUGGAGGAUGACGGCCUGUAUGAAUGCCAUGUGGGGAUCUACAGCAAAGGCUCCAGAGAUCAGCUGAUCGAAGCGUCUGGCAGUGUCACGCUCUCCGUUAUCGUUCCCCCCAGCUCUAUUUCUGUGGCGGCAGCCACCAGUCCCGCUCCGUUCAGCCGUUACGAGGCCAAGAACUUCACCCUGGUUUGCAUUGUUACUGGAGCAAAGCCGGCUCCCUCGGUUUACUUCAAACGGGACGGCGAGCUCAUUGACGUGUUUCCAGCAGCUCGGUAUUCUUCCUUGGCGGGACAUCACAGUAAAGCCUCCAAAAGAAACCAGAGCGUGAACCAGGUUCUUCCCAGAGGAGAUGUUGACGACACCAAAAUCCAGAAGUCCCUGUCCCUGCAGAACCAAGUGGGGAAAGUGGCCCGGCUUAGAGAGAAUGAGACGGACAGCUUGGAGCAAGGCGGGGAGGAAGCAUCCAGGUUGAAGCUGGAGUCGACCACAGAGGGCAUCCCAGAGACGGUGGUGAGCCGGGAGUUUCCCCGCUGGGUCCAGAGCAGCGACCCGCUCUACUACUUCCAGCACUGGCAGCAGGUGGCUGGCGACGGCACCAUGGAGGCCAGAGCCAUGCUGACCUGGAGCCUCAACCCCCAGCUGGAUAACGAAGCCCUGUUCAGCUGCGAGGUCAACCACCCCGCUCUGUCCAUGCCCAUGCAGGCCGAGGUCACGCUCACUGCUCCCAGAGGACCCAAGCUGUCCACCAGACCCAGUAAGGCCAAAGUGGGAGACACGGUGCGGAUUUCCGUCCAGGGCUUCCAGCUGGGACCGUCUGCUACCAAGGUGUUCCCGGAGCCUCUGCUCACCUGGACUCGGGUCGGCGGGAACCUGCUGGACGGCAGCGAGAAGCACGAUGGGAGGGAGCUGGUUCUGGAGCGGGUCCCCGCUGAGCUGAACGGAUCCAUGUUCCGCUGCACGGCGCAGAACCCUCUGGGCUCCACCGACACACACACCCGCCUCAUCGUGUUCGAGAACCCAAGACUGAAGAAAGGAAGGGAACAUUUUAUCGCUCUCAACGCAGCGGCCACUGGGCUCUCCGUCACACCGAACCUCCUGGUUCUGCUGAGCUUCGCCUGUGAGCUGACAUGAGCCGAGCGCCGCGGCUCCAGCAGAACACCAGCCGGUCAGGCAGACCGGACCCGGAGGCUCAGCGGACUCAGGAGCUGCAGGAGUCAGGCGGCUUCGGCAGGGUGUGUGUCCAGGAACCGGCGCCGAGUGGGACCCCGGUCCGGAGGGCGGAUCUGGACAGACGGGUUGAACUUUUCAUCCUGGACGUCAGCCGGAUCUCAACUCUGGACAUUUUUUCCAGGAUUACCGGACCCGGAUUGCCAGACCUGACUGACAGUUUCCGGCCCAAACAGAACCUAAAACCCGGUCAACUCCAAAACAAAACAAAACAAAAAAAAGAAACAGCCCAAAUCUCAACUUCUGUAGAAACGCAGGUUAAUAUUACCAGACAUCUCGGCCUGAUAAAGGCUCGUCAGGGAAGAGGAGUACAUUUCCACCAAAAAACUCCUAAAUUUCCUUAUUUUUCUAGUAAAUUUCUAAGAUUAUUCUAAACAUUUUUCAGUUUCAAAAGUUGAAAAUUUUGACUUUCACCUAUUAGCUAAAGAUUUGGCUCCAAGCUACCGGUAAAUAAAUAGUGGCUUGCUUACUAAAUAUUUAACUUGCUAAUUAUCUAGUUUGGAGCUAAAUAUUUAUCCUGCUA